AGUAAAAAACACAAUAAAGAAAAUGGCGAAGCGUUUCAAGCUCAAUAUUGCUCGAGUCUUCUCCAAGUCUUUCCGGUCUUGCCGUUCCAAAGACCCUUCAUCCCUCCCAGCAAAUCCUGUCCCUUCGUUCCUCCGACUUUCACCGAUCAGUACUAAUACGACGUUGCAGCCGGCGCCGCCAACCCCACACUCCAUUAAACCCCAUCGUUCCUCCCUGAAGCGACACGUGUCUUCCGCCUUAACAUCUAUCGGCUGCGGCCUUCGAUCGCGAUCCUCCACGCAGUGCCCCUCGGAAACUGACCACAGCGAAUCACCGCCCCCGCCGACACCGCAGUUCCACUGGGAGAAACACGACAAGUGGCACGUGAUCGCCAAUUGUUACGACGAGGCGCAAACACCUCGCCGGAAGGUAUACAGCUCGUUGAUCUCCGAUGACGACGUUUCACGACCUCUUCCUCCGCCACCUCCUAGCGCCGAGAAGAAAAAACGACGAUCCACGAAGAAGAAAACGGCCGCAAAGACACGCAUCAGCACGUCUUCGGCAGAUAGCGUGUUGUUCAGCAGCGAAACCUUGGAUGACAUGGACGACGAAGAGACGGAGACGCUGGUCUCAUCUUCUAGAGGCUUCUCAACGGACUCCUCGUCGGAGUUCAAUGUUGGUAUAGGACGGAGUAAGAAGAGCAAGAGAUCGAAAGGGAAGGGUCCAAAACGGUGCUGCGGGAUGAAGGGGAAGAGGAGGAGCUGGACGUCGGCCAUAUCAUCGUCUUCGCCGGAGAAAGAGUCACCGGCAAGGCUGUCGAUGUUCCUGCAGAGGAUGAUAGCUUGCACGGUGGAGGGAAAAGUGAGAGAGAGUUUCGCAGUGGUGAAGAGAUCGGAGGAGCCGUACGAAGACUUCAAGAGGUCGAUGAUGGAGAUGGUGUUGGAGAAGGAGAUGUUCGAGGGGAAGGAUCUUGAGCAGCUGCUUCAAUGUUUCUUAUCGCUGAAUUCAAGACAACACCAUGCCGCCAUUGUCAGAGCUUUCUCCGAUAUUUGGGAGGCCUUGUUUUGUAACAGUAGUACUGUUACUGCUAUGGGUAGAAGAUCAUCGUCAUCGUCAUCCUCUGUCCAUGGAGUUUCUAGUUAUAAACCUCUCUGUAAUAUCCAAUCAUUUUAAGUAAAUUUAUCCUUUGAAG